CAUCUACCCUUUCGGAACCCUAAGAGCUCCCCUUUUCUCUGAUUGAUUUCCAGAAUAUGGUAGAAUCUGGAGGUUUUAAGUCUUAUGCUACCAGAAAUUCCAAAUAUGGUUGUGUAGUUCGUUCAGUUUCUGCAUUAGUUUUGCUUUUCUUGGUCUAUAAUCAUGUUAAUUUCCUGCAAAAAAACCGGGUUCUGCAUCCUCAGUGGAACCUGAAAGGGGGUUCAAAAUUUGAUUACCAGGGGAGGGUUAUCCGUAGAAGUAUUGUAGAAGUUAAAGGUACUAACUUUACCGUUGAUGACUCGGUUAAUUUGACGGUGAAUGAUCCCAAAUUCUGUUCGGGAUUGUUGGAGCAUAAGGGUUACAGAACCAGGUGUGAGUAUUUGGUUGCACACCCAGAGUGCACAACAGGAGGGUUUUUCAGUUAUGAGAGAUUCUUCUAUUGUAGUUGCCAGAAAUUCAGUUUUUUGGGGUAUGUUGUGUUGGGUGUGUGGUUGGUUGCGUUGUUUUAUAUGCUGGGAAACACUGCUGCGGAUUACUUCUGUUGUUCUCUGGAAAAGCUUUCCAAUUUAUUGAGGAUGCCGCCCACGCUUGCGGGGGUCACUUUGCUGCCACUGGGGAGUGGAGCUCCGGAUGUGUUUGCGAGUAUUGCAGCUUUUGUGGGCAAAAAUGCUGGUGAAGUGGGUCUCAAUAGUGUAUUGGGUGGAGCUGUUUUCGUGACUUGUGUUGUUGUAGGGACAAUUUCGCUUUGUGCGGCAGAAAGGGGAGUUCAAGUUGAUAGGAAAUGCUUUGUUAGGGAUGUAUCCUUCUUUCUGUUUACUUUGGUAUCACUUGCUCUGAUUUUGAUUGUUGGUGAAGUGUCCAUAGCGCAUGCAAUAGCUUUUGUUUCCAUCUAUCUGGUGUAUGCAUUUGUUGUUGCUGCUGAUGAGAUUUUGAGGAAAUAUGCUCGGACAUUUGCUGCAACUCCGUUGCUUCCUGUUAAGGGAAGUCUGUUUUUGAAUGAAAAUAGAGAGGGUGACUCAGUCUAUGAUUCUCUACUUCACUCUGAUUCUGAAAGUGAUGAUGUACCCUGUCUUGAAAGGAAGUUACCUCACUGGAUGUGGGCUUCACAUAUGGCAAUUUAUUCAAAUGAGGCUAUGAAGGCCAUUCCUGAUAGUCCUAGAUGGGGUUGGAAUGAUAAGGAAAGAAUUGAUAAUCGAUCUUUCUGGUCUUGUUCUAAAAUACUUUCAUUGCUGGAGAUGCCGCUGAUACUUCCCAGGCGAUUGACUAUUCCUAUAGUUGAAGAGGAACGAUGGUCCAAGGUGUAUGCUGUUGCUAGUUCUACACUGGCACCUAUUCUUCUGGCUUUCUUAUGGUACGCCAAAGAAGAUUCAAGUCCUCUGAGUGGUGAAAUUGCAUACUUCAUUGGUGUUUUCUUGGGUGGUACACUUGGUGUUCUUGUUUAUCUAUACACAACAGCUGAUCAUCCACCUCAGAAAUUUUUACUAGCUUGGGUUUUGGGAGGAUUUUUAAUGAGUAUUGUCUGGUUUUACAUUGUUGCAAAUGAGCUUGUUGCUUUGUUGGUGUCUCUAGGUGUAAUCCUUGGGAUUAAUCCAUCAGUCCUUGGUCUAACUGUAUUGGCAUGGGGCAAUUCAAUGGGCGAUUUGAUGUCGAAUGUUGCACUGACAAUGAAUGGUGAGGACGGUGUGCAGAUUGCCAUGUCAGGGUGCUAUGCAGGACCAAUGUUCAACGUGCUUGCUGGUCUGGGGAUCUCAAUGCUGCUUGGAGCCUUGUCUAAUAGACCAUCACCAUAUUCAGUUCCCAGAGACGAUAGCUUGUUUUAUACAAUAGGAUUCCUAACAACAGGACUCCUUUGGUCGCUCAUUAUAUUGCCACGAAAUGAUAUGCGUCCUAGCAAGAUGUUGGGGAUAGGCCUAAUGGUGAUCUACUCAAUUUUUCUCAUCUUUAGGGUGGGCUUAUCCAUGGGUGUGAUAUCAGUGAUUGGUGCAGAUUGAGUUGUCUUGCCCUCUAGUGAAGUGUUCUUAAUGAUGUCUGCAAAGUAUGAAUCAGUUUGAGCUUCACAAAGGUCAGUCUCUAUAUGACUGAUAGACUAUAGGAUGAGUUUUCUUGAUCUGCUUGGCUUUGUAAAUGGUGAUGAUCAUGUCUUGCAAAUUGCAAUUAAAGAGUACAUAAUCUCAUUGAUUCAUGUUGCAAAGUGACAUUAAUUUUGGGAAACUUCUGUCGGAUAAAGGUUACUGAAGGCG